UUGUCUAACAACUGUCUGGUUUCUUUAUACAAUUAGUGGUUCAAGCAUUUGAUAAUUUAGCACUUUUUGGGGCAUAUUGUAUAUAAACAACGUUGUUUUUUUUGUUUUUGGUGAAAAAUUAUUUAUUCAUAAAUAGAAUAAAUUAAAUUGAAUAAAAAGAUUAAUACCAAAAAUUACUUCUACGAAAUUUUAGUAUCCGGAGUAAUGGUUUUCACCAAACUUUAUUUUUCUACGGUCUUGUUAGUUUUGGGGACAGCAGGUGCGAUAACUCUUAACAAUGGACGAUAUGAAGAUGUUUAUAUUGUUAUACAGGACAUUAUUGAGGAAAAUCUAGAACUUCUUGACAGGAUUCAGGAUGUUUUCACGGAUGCCUCGAAACUUUUGUUCACUGCAACCAAAAACCAAGUCUACUUUGGCAAGAUCAUAGUAGUUGUUCCAAAGUCAUGGAGUCCGCAGACGAAGUACAAAGAGCUACCAGCUUUGUCAUCAUUGGAAACAUACAUCAAUAUUGAGACUGGGAGAAUAAGCUCACCCCACGUUAGAUCAAAGAGUUAUCAAUGCGGACAAGAAGGUUUAGCAAUGUAUAUACAACCCUCAUUCCUACUUCAGGCUGGUCAAACGAGUUGGGGGAAACAUGCUAAUGUUAUCGUUCACGAAUGGGGUCAUCUACGUUGGGGGCUAUUUGAUGAAUAUCCAGAUAGUUUUGGAAGACUUCCAAAGUUUUAUCCGCAUGCAGGGGAAUGGAAGCCAGUGAGAUGUUCGCAUAAAAUUCAAGGCACAAUAGGUCGAGGAGGAAAAUGCAGCGCAAGGCUUGCACAAAAAUAUUGUAACGCAAAGAAUUCGGGCAAGAAGAUGAGGAGCACCUGCUACUUUUGUCCAAACACAGAGCAGAAUGAAGAUGUUACUGCUAGUUUGAUGGGAUACCAAUUUAUUGAACAGCUCACAAUGUUUUGCGACAAAGAUGAAGAGUCUGUCAGGGAGCAUCAACGCCAUAAUAGCAUAGCACCUAACGCACAAAAUAAAUUUUGUAACGGCAAAAGUGCAUGGGAGGUAAUGAGAGAACAUGAUGAUUUUAAGAAUAGUCCAGAAACAUUUCCAAGUGCUACAAAUACAACUCCAGAAUUUGAAUUCAUCCAAGAAGGUGACAUUUUCCGAAUAUUUGUGCUGGACGUUUCUGGAAGCAUGGAUGGUAACAGAAUUGCACUUUUGAAGCAAGCAGGAGAGUAUAUCAUUCGGCAGAGGAUUGCUGUUGGAAGUUGGUUGGGAAUUGUGACAUUUAAUAGCUUUGCUUACAGAAAUAUAGAAUUAACACAGUUAAACUCACAGGAAGAUCGUGAUAGGUUGAUAAAUGCCCUACCUACAAAUGCUGAUGGUUUCACCUGCAUUGGAUGUGGUAUUAAUUUGGCCAUACAAAUGUUUUCAAAUGAACUAACUAUACCUGAAAAUGGCGAAAUAAUUCUCAUAUCAGAUGGAAGAAACAAUGAGGGAACUCUUGAUUUGGCUAGAAUGAAUGCUAUCAAUGCCAAAGUUAAGAUCAAUACAAUAGCUGUUUCCCAGCAAGCAGACACACUCCUUUCUGAUAUCGCCGCGGAAACUGGAGGAAAGUCUUUCACAUAUUUGGAAAAUGGAAAUUUUAGCUUUGCAGCGGUUUUCAACGAAGCAAUAUCGGGAGGAGACACUGUAACUUUAGCGGCUAGUCAAUCUGUAACGUUACUUUCGGAGAAAAUCUCUCAUAAUGUAGCAAACACUACAUUUUCAAUAGAAACUGGCCUAGGUAAAAAUACAUCUGUAACAGUGUUAACAUCAGUAGAUGACAACAUACAUAUACAACUAAAUGGUCCAGCAAACUUCACUAAAAUAGUGAGCGACUAUGGAAACAGUGCUACUAUAAGAAUUGAUGAUAUAGCCGAGAUUGGCGAAUAUAGUCUGACAAUCAACACCUCAGCCUCUGAACAGGAUAUCGAGUAUCAUGUGACGUCGUCACCAACUAACACGACCAAUGACGUCGUACGUGUAGUAUCAAGACUUUCAAAAUCUAGUGUUGACUUAUCAUCUGAGGAUUUGCCGGUAGUCUUUGCAGAUGUCACAAAAAGUAACGCCCCAGUAAUAAAUGUAACGGUAACAGCUACCGCCGAAUCAGCCACAAAUCCUCCUUGUACGCUACAUAUGUCCGACAAUGGCAUUGACCCGGACCGCCUGAAAAAUGACGGAACUUACUCUUGUUACAUUUUACCCGGCUGCCUAGGAUCUGGACGCGUACAGAUCAAAGUUAAAGCAUCUGGCAAGGAUGGAGAAACAUUUCUUUUGUACAGUAAUACAGGUUCUGCACCUCAAGAUGCAAAUGACACAUUGAUAGAGGAAACUAUUGUUGAUUCCUUUCAACGAAAUGUUGUAACAGAGGAACUUUAUAUAUCAAACUAUAUAAAUGAUGAUUCAGUGGACACUAUAGCACCAGGCAUGAUAACAGAUGUCGAAAUUAAUAAUAUCGAGACCGAAACAAAAGAAAAUGGAGAAAACAGAAACUUAACAAUCACUUGGACUGCAACAGGAGAUGAUAAAAACCAGGGACAAGCCACGUCAUACGAAAUGAGAAUUGCAAGUGACAUUGGUACUCUACGUGACAAUUUUGAAUCUGCGGAGCACAUAAAUUCGACGAAUUCAACUAAUAGUAUAUUCCCACAAGUUGUUGGAACGAGAGAAGCGUUAAAACUUGUUGUAAAUGCAGAACAUUCAUAUGUAGAAACCACUUUCUUUGCUGUACGUGCUAUCGACGAUGCAGGCAAUAAGGGUCCUGUCUCAAAUAUUAUUUCUAUUAUAGUUGCGAGUGGUUUCCGUGUAUCCGGCGAACAAGGUUAUGCGAUUGAUGAGACAGAAGAUGAUUUCAUUCGAGACGAAGGAGAAUCACUGACGCAAUCAACCGAUAAGCUAAAUAUCCGACCAAUAAUUAUCGGGGUUUCUGUUACUUUCGGUGUGCUUCUGUGUGUGGCAAUUGUUUUCUUAAUUGUCAAAAAAACGAAAACACAAAAUUCGGCGGUAACAGAUAGUUGUGUAUCGGUUCGCAACGAUGACAGUUCUAUGACUAAGGUAAUACCCUUUCAGUCAAAUCAUCGGAAACGUUCUUUUGCAUCCACUUCAUUACCACCUAGACAAUCAUUACAAGCCUUUGGUAUUUCAUCCCCGGAAAUUCCAUUCCAAUUAAAAUCAAGCCAAACAAAUCUUCAAAAUGAAACUUCAGUCCAAACUAUCAACUGUUCUAAUCAAGAACGUAAAGAUGAAAUUGCUGUUGGAGACGUUGCGACUGAAUCAAAACAGUUUGGUAUUCAAGUAAAUACCGAAUUCAAAACCGCAGACCAGAGAACCGAGUCCGAUGAACAAAGACACAAUGAUGCACAAUCGAAAGAAAUUAUUAACGAUGAGACUAUUAUAUAUAUAGAGGCUGGUAUGGAAGAGUUUACUGAACCAGAUGACUACAUAACACAGACCAUAAGGAACCCAUUCCCCGUUAUUAAUAUUCCAUUUAAUAUGACAAACAAAUGCACAUCGGUCAAUAAACAUGUUCCGGUGGACAAUGAAGACGUCGAGAUUAUUAAUUCGAAGGGAAAGCAUCAACUUCUUCAGAGUUUACCGCCACUUCCAUUUUCAACGGAUGCGAAAUUGGAUCAAAGUCAUCCUCCGCCAAACAUGGCAUUGCAUAUCCUUGACCCAAGUGAUUACGGGACAGGCAAUAAACCAUAUGCUUUCCCCUUUCCGUUCAGUGGUGUCAGCAAUCCUUUGAGAAAUUCAAAACAAACGACAGUCGAUGAGGACGAAAUUGACGAUAUUUUGAACGAAGCAGAUGCGGAAACAGACACUGAUGAAUUACAGAGCCGAACAGACAGUCAGAUGUCAACAAAACACUCGGAUUACAGCUCAAACGAAAAUGAAAAUCAUGCAUUUGGUGAUGAUAACGGGCCUCAGGAUUGCUUAAAAGAUGACGAAACACUUGUCGACAAAGUAAAAGACAGUCAUUUUAAAGGUUCGAAGGAGAAUGUUUCUGAGGCAGAAAAUGCUUAAUUCAAUAAAUGUCAUCAUGAUAUAAAAUAAUAUGAAAAAACAAGGAAAAUUGUACGAAGUAAUAUUGACUUGUACUUAAUCCAAAGUUAACAGCUUAUUGAUAAAAAUGUUAUAAAUAACGCCAAUUAUCAUAGAAGUCAAGGUUAAGUUGGUAAAAAUACCAAACUAAUGAAUACAAAUUGAAGAAAAAAUACAGAAAUUGUAUUUUUAUAAAUACGAUUGAAUUGACAUUUUUCUAUGGUUAUCUGUUAGAUAAUGUUUUAAUAAAAAUCUUAAUCAAUUGCAAUGAAGUUUAGAAUUUCAUUAUGGUAUUUUAGCAAUGUAU